GUGCGUCUGACUCCGCGGAGCAGCGGCACUACGAGCAGCUGGCUACCCUUGAGACCGCUCUGGAGCAGCAGAGGGCGGACCACGCCGCGGAGGUGGAUGGCCUUCGCGCAGCACUGGAGCGUGAGCGGCGGCGCGCGGAGGAGGCCGAGCAUGGCGCACGGAGUGCGUCUGACUCCGCGGAGCAGCGGCACUACGAGCAGCUGGCACCCUUGAGACCGCCCUGGAGCAGCAGAGGGCGGACCACGCCGCGGAGGUGGAUGGCCUUCGCGCAGCACUGGAGCGUGAGCGGCGGCGCGCGGAGGAGGCCGAGCAUGGCGCAGAGGAUGCUGUACAGCAAUGUCGCGAUGAGGUUGAGAAGGUAG